AUCUUGCAGAAAACUAUGUCAGAAACAUCAGGAUAUUCACCUAGACAGAUGUGUCAUCCUGAAAGAAAGAAAAUUUUUGAACCUAUACCUUGGACAGUUAAGGAUAUAUGCACUCUUAUUACAAGAAUGAAGCAGAUAUUAUGUAAAUUAGACAACAAGUCCUGUGUGUUUGCAUUGAAGAAAGUUGAUUGGGAGCAAGUCUCAUUUAGUCCUUACUCUGCCAAAGAUUGUGAAACUAAGUUUCGAUAUAUACUACAAAAAAUAGGAGCAGUAAAAACUAUGUCAGUGGUUCUCUCAGAGAUAGAAAGUAAAGCCAUAAAUGGAGAGUUUAAUGACCAUUUAAUUUUGGCCCCAAGGAAUAUGUUUAUUAAAGAUUUCAUUGAAAGAAGAAAAGAUAUUUCACCCUUAAAGUUGUUUCCUGAAGCUGCCCAGGCAUGGAAGAAAUUAGCACAAACAGAAAAGGACAAAUAUAUUAAUUACUAUAUAGAGACAAAGAAGAAAUUCAUUAAACGAGGCGAUGAACCACCACCGCUACCAAAAACACCGUUUGAGCUCUUUUAUGAUGAUCGCUGCCAAAAAAAGGGAAAACAAAACCUUGAGUUCAAGAAGUUAUCAAGAAAGAAAUAUCUUUCUUUGAAACCCACCAAGAAACUCAAGUACAUAAAGACUGCAGCUGUUGAGUUAUACACUUAUGAGGUUGAAGCUGCUAAGUAUCGACAAAAUCAUCCAAACUGGACAGUUCCCAUAAUAAGAGGUCCUAGUAAAAAAGAGACUGAAAUGUAUCUGCUGCACCUUGGUAUGCCACUUCGCCCUCCAUCCACAUCAUUUUUCUUAUUUUAUUAUGAAAAAAAGGCAGAGGGCCUGUUUUCUAAAGUCAGUGCUCCUAUGAAGAAGUUUGUAGCAGCGAAGACAUUCAGAAAUUUACCUGAUGAUGAGAAGAUGGAUUAUAAAAGAAAAUUUAAGAAGGUGCAAGCUGAUUAUGCUGAAGCAUUUCCAGCUUGGAGAGAACAGCAGACCCAGGUUGUUAAAUUACUUACAGACAAAUACCUAGAUAAAAAAAAAGUGGUGCCUGUUCCAUUGAUAACUCUGCCUGUAAUGAAAGAUUCAUCACCUCUUGUCAGGAAAACAGUCUGUAAGAAUAUUGAUAGAAAAGGCACCCUUGUCUCAGGGGAAAAUACAUCUCCAGGAUCAGAGGAAAAUAUUUCACCUGGUCCAGUGGAAAAUUUAUCUCCAAAUUCUGAGAAAAAUGCAUCACCUGGUUUAGGGAAAAACAUUUCUCUUGGUUCAAAAGAAAAUAUAUAUCAUAGCACAAAGAAAAAGACAUCUUCUGAAGUAAAUAAACUGAGAUCUCUUAGUGUAAGGGAAACAAUAUCUCCUGGCACAAAAUUGUUAGGGUAUUCAAGUGCAGAAAAAAAUGUGCAUUCAAAUGGAGAAAAUUUAGAUUUUUCCAAUAUAAAAGGAAAAUCUUCUGAUGUUUAUAGGAAAAGUGAAAGUGACAAAAAAAUUAAAGACAAGCAUCCUGGGCUAACUAAUUCAAGGGAGGAAACAAAAGAGGUGGUUUUUACCUCGGCCUUAGACGAUUUGUGUAUGAUGCAGUUCAUGCCCAAGACAGAAGAUAACUUGACAUUAAAGAUAAAAAAGCUGAAAGAAUGGCAAAAAAAGUAUAAGGAACUUGAUUCUAAACAGCUAGCAACUCUUGAGAAUUGCUUUGAAAGACUAAAACAUAAUUUUGAAACAUGUAUUUUGGCUGAUGUUACUAAUAUGAAUAAGGUAGAACGAAACACAUUUUUGGCAACACAUCGAAUUAUGUUAAAGAAGUACUUUAAUUAUGAUAUCUUUGAGGACAUUUAUCCCCUUAAACAAUAUUCACUUGAAACAUUUCCUUUGUUUUAAAAUAAAUAUUUUUUUUGCCUAGAGAAACUUUUUUAUAAUAUUUACAGAGCAUUACAGUGUUAAUAGAUUUAGGCUGAUACAAGUUAUUUUCUGUUACAUGUUUUUGUACUAAAUUAGUUAAUUACUUUAUACAUAAACAGUGUAAACUAGCGUAUGUAUUAUAGAACACUCGGUUUUCUAUGAUAUAAUUUAGCAUAAGGCUUUGUAUUACUUAAGAUGUGUAAAUAGAAUCUUGUGGUAAUAUGAAUGGAGAAAUUUAUUUAUAUAGUAUGCAUUUCUUAAGCUUAUUUUUUAUGUGUCUUGUGUUGAGGCAUUUUCCUUAUAUCACUUAAAAAUUAUUAUGUUGGAAAAUAAAGAUGUAUUUUAAUAUAAUGUUUAGUAUGAAGGCAGUAAGGAAUGACUAUUGACAGAUGUCACUUUCUUUAAAUAUUUUGAUAUUGUGAUGAGCAUUAGAGAUAAGUCACUUUUUACUGUCUCUUAACCCGUAAACGGUCCAAACGUAUAUAUACGUUUUUUCAACAUUUGAAAGCAUGUAAAAAAAGUAGAUCUUCUUUUUGUUUUUUUACAUUUGAAAAUGUAUAAAAAAACUUUGAUCUACUUUUUUUUUUGUUAUAUUUGAAAAUAUGUAAAAAAAAACAGAUCUACUUUUGUAGCACUACACAUGUGAACGUAGAUCUGCUUGGACCGUUUACGGGUUAAUGAUGUUGAUGUAUCCUUACAGCUGUUUCUUUGGUUUUUACCUGCAGAUUUUUUUCCUACUUUUGAAGUAGAAGUUUCAAUUAGACAUUCUGCAUAAACAGCACUUAUGUAGUAAGUAUGAUAAUCCUUAAAACCAUUAAAAUUUUGGUAUAAGUAUA